UACCCCUAAUAGAUCAUGUCCACAGCCCAGUGCCUCUGCUCCUAGCCUGUCAGCCCCUUCACAAGCUGUUCCCAACUUAAAGUCCAGCAGGUCUUUACGGAGACAGUCAAAAGCUGUGGAAAUGUCGGAGAAUGGAGGUGGAGGGCAGCUGGUGGUCAAGGCACGCUUUAAUUUCAAGCAGAACAAUGAGGACGAGCUGUCUUUCAGCAAGGGCGAGCUGAUCCAUGUCACACGCCAGGAGGAAGGUGGAUGGUGGGAGGGAGCCCUUAACGGCAAAACCGGCUGGUUCCCUAGCAAUUACGUCCGAGAGGUCAAGCCAUGUGAGAAACCGAUUUCUCCGAAAGCGGUAAAAGGACUUGACAUUCCUCAGUUGACUAAAAAUUAUUACAAUGUGGUGGUGCAAGACAUCUUGGAGCAUGAGAAAGAGUUUGUCAAGGAACUGCAAACGGUACUGGGCUGUUACCUGCGCCCUCUACAGGCCAGCGACAAGCUGUCUAGUGCGGACUGCUCCAGUCUGAAUGGGAAUUUAGAGGACAUCCUUUCUUUCCAACAGGGACUGUGUCUUGCCUUAGAGGAGUGCUCCAAGAUGUCAGAGGGCCAGCAGCGGAUUGGCGGCUGUUACCUGAACUUGAUGUGUCAGAUCAGAACACUGUACUUGUCCUACUGCUCCAGCCAUCCUUCUGCAGUCUGUGUGCUGACUGAUCACAGUCAGUUCCAGUUAGGGGUGUGCGAUAAUAUCACUCAGUGUCAAGAUCUGCGAAAAAGAAAGAACUUGGAGUUGCAGAUCUUGUCGGAGCCAGUGCGGGGCUGGGAGGGCGACAGCAUGAAGUCGCUGGGUCAGGUGGUCUACAUGUCACAGGUCCACAUCCAGAGCAGCUCAAAUGAGGAAAAGGAAGAGCGGUACUUCAUGCUGUUUCCUAAUGUGGUAGUCAUGCUGUCUGCCAGCCCAAGAAUGAGUGGUUUCAUUUACCAGGGACGUCUUCCACUGACUGGAACCACUGUAACCAAACAGCCAGAGGAUGCAGAGACAGGCCAUUAUGCUUUUGAGAUCACAGGAGGGACAAUAGAUCGCACCAUGGUGUUCUGUAGUAGUGCACAGGAGCAGCUGGAGUGGUUAGAACAUCUUCAUGCUUACACCAAGGAAGGAAGUCCAGUCGGAACAACAUUGAAGAGUGUUGAGGCUAAGCUUACAACCAUGGCUGGCACGUCGUCCCACCACUUGCACAGUUUCGGUACUGCUGUGGCUAACCGAGGCCCUCUCGAACCCCCCAAGAUCACCAAGCCAUGGUCCUUAAGCUGUCUGAGACCAGCGCCUCCCCUCAAGCCCUCCGCUGCGCUAGGUUAUAAAGAGGACUCUAGUAAAAGCCCCAGACCCAGACCCAAGUUCCUUCCAAAAAGAAAAACGGAGAGAAAACAUUCAGAUGAUGAGUUCCUGCUCAGAAAAAGCACAGCAGCUCUGGAGGAGGAUGCACAGAUACUCAAAGUGAUUGAGGCCUACUGCACCGGAGCCAGUCUCCACCAAUCCACCACAGCUGUUCGUAAGGAGUGCAUCCCCCAGGUCCUGCUUCCAGAAGAAGAGAAGAUUAUUGUUGAGGAGAUCAAGAGCAAUGGCCAGACGAUCAUUGAGGAAAAAAGUCUUGUUGAUGCUGUUUAUGCUCUAAAAGAUGAAGUCCAUGAAUUAAAAAAGGAGAAUAAACGGAUGAAGCAAUGUCUGGACGAGGAACAGAAGUCCCGUAAGGAGCUAGAGCGUGUAGUCAGAAAGUUGGCCAAGCAAAAGAAUGACUGUUCCUGGGAUGAAGGAGGUCACUGAAGAACACUCGACUGUUUCCCUUUGCCAGCUGCAUGUAUGUGUUUCCGUGUCUGUGUGUCCUCACAAAUGUGUUUUUAUGUGUUUUUUUCCAUCACAUUACACACUGAACGUUGCUUUUGGAAAGUCACCAUGCUGGGGAUUUUCAGCCAUUUCUCGUCAAAUGUUUUUUUAAGGACAAGAUGCGAUAAGAAGAUCAACUCUGUGAUUAGUGACUGUGUUUAUCUUGCCAUACUAAAGAAUAUCACUGUGCGGUUUGCUUCACGUUCCUGUGAUGUGACAUUCUGAGAGCAAACCGGCAACUGUUCUAGAAGACCAAGUCAACUGUAUUUGGAAAAGAUUUGGAAAACUUCAGAUGAUUGUCAGAGUCCUGUCCAUUUUUUGUUCCGGUUCACGGCCAAGC